AUGGGUGCCUUGUACCUUACCUUACCUUGGCCUUUUAUUCAACCGCCAGACAUGAAUGUGAUCGAUGCACCGGGAAGGAAGUUGAGUGGAUGUGAUGGCUGUGCGGACGCAUUGAAAGCACUAUCGAAUUCACCAUGUGCACCGAAAUGCGGCAAUGUUUUGGGAGGAACUUCGGGGGAUGAUGAUAUCGUGUGUCAGAAUACGGACUAUACGAGCUUGAUUGGAACGACAUAUUCCGGUUGCGUGGGAUGUCAAUUGACGAGUACCUUUGUUGAUCCUUCAACAAAUCAAACGGAUUUGGAAUGGGGUUUAUAUAAUUUGAGAUACGCCAUAAGUUGGUGUCUCUUUGGAUAUCCAAAUAAUACACAAGUGCAGGAUACGCCAUGUAUAACACCGCUAUCAUGCGGUCCCAUGCAAAAUGCCCUUGAAUACGGAAAUCUGACGACAAGUGCUCAAACCGAAUAUGGAUAUUGUUCAGACAUCGCCACGAACCAAAUCCUACAAUGUCAGAAUUGUCUCCGAAUUUCAACAGCAACAUAUUAUCUGAAUAAUUUCUACACCCUGCUCUAUGGAGCCUGUGAACAACAACCCGCUCCAGGCUCAACAUUAUCCUUUCAAGGCUCCCCCUUCUCCACCACUCAACUAAACAUGACAUCUCCAACUCCAAGCUCCGUACCUGGUACAGCAUACCCCGGUCUCUCCCUCAAUGGACGCAUCGGAGUCGCAGUAGGUAUAAUAGUCUUCGCACUCUUCAUAACCGGAUUCUGCAUCAUCUUCAACGGACGACGACGUCGCCGCCGCGUUCUCCGCCAACAUCAACUCGACACCGGCUACGCCGCCUGGAAAAACUCCCACAACGUCGACGGACUAGGCGGACACAUCCCUGUUAACGAUACCACCAGCGCCGUCUCAAACAUGACAUCCGGCUCGGGAGGAUUCUUCGACAGUCCCAACUCGCAAAAACCACUACAGCCACAGUAUUGGGGUCAACAGCAACCUCAUGGUGGCAAUUUCAAUGGUCAUGCUAUCAUGACCCCGGUGGAAGAUAGUCCCAUCACCCCCGUGGCGGAAAAAGUAUACCUAUCUCCCUAUUCCUCUCCAUAUAGUAGUCCAGCCACCGCAUCCACGGAUGCAAAUGGAAGGAAUCCGAAUGGAGAUUCGUGGCCUACGGAUCGAAAGGGGAGUUUUGGACAGGGGACGUUCGGACAGGGGACAUUCGGUCAAGGAGGAGGCAGUAUGGCAGAGAAACUCAAAGCGAGGGAAAAGGAACGAGCACGAAGAAAGAAAGAAGAAGAAGCGAUGAAUGAACGUGAUCAAAUCGAAUUGCAGAAUUUACAAAAUCAACAUCAACAUCAACAUCAAAGCCAAAAUCUGAAUCUGAAUCAGAGUCAAAAUGUAACGCCAGUCCUAGGACAUCCGGGGUACGGGAGGGGAAACGCGAGAGGUAUGGCGAGUGAGGAUACGAGGAGGGGCGAUGUACUUUAG